UGAAAUUAAUAACUCGACAUUACGCAAGAUGGAACUGGCUGUAAUGGCCAGCGGGCAAAAGUAGUAGUAUCGGUCGUACUUAAGCUACUUUUCUCUACUUGCUAAGGCGAAGAGGAAGUAGAGAGACAUUGCCGAGUUAACACGUGAUAAACAGUGGCUUUAUUAUUCAGCCGUGGUUCGUUACAUAAAGGUCAACUCACGCGGUUCGCUCUACCCAAGAUCAGAAUGGUCAAGGUACCGACAAUGAAGUUCUACAAUGGAACAGAAAUCCCGGCGAUUGGACUUGGCACUUGGAGGUCAAAACCGAAUGAAGUAACGCAAGCUGUUAAGGAUGCGAUUGAUAUUGGCUACCGGCAUAUCGAUGGCGCCCAUUUGUACGAGAAUGAAAAAGAAAUUGGCGAGGCUGUACGAGCUAAGAUUCAAGAAGGCGUUAUCAAACGAGAAGAUAUCUUCAUCACCGGCAAACUCUGGAACACUUUCCAUCGGCCAGGUGCUGUUGAACCUUCGCUGAGACGGACACUCGACGAUUUGGGCGUUGAGUAUAUCGACCUUUACUUAAUACACUGGCCAAUGUCUUACAAAGAGGGCAGCGAUUUCCAGCCGAAGGAUGCCAAUGGGAAACUUAUAUAUACUGACUACGAUUACGUUGAUACAUGGAAAGCCAUGGAGGAGGUUUACGAAAAGGGAUUGGUGAAAAAUAUUGGUGUUAGCAAUUUCAACGAGGAGCAACUGGAACGAGUGUUGAAAGCGGGAAAAAUUAAGCCGGUUACCAACCAAAUCGAAUGCCAGCCUUACUUAGGCCAGUUCAAGCUUUCGGAAUACUGCAAAUCCAAGGGUAUUGUUAUAACAGCGUUUCGCCCAUUAGGACGUCCAGAUACUACAGUAGUGAAAAAAGGGGAACCGACACUUCUAGAAGAUAACAGGAUCACAAGUCUUUCCAAGAAGUAUAAAAAAUCUCCCGCGCAAGUUCUGCUUCGUUAUCAAAUCGAUCGUGGACAUGUCGUCAUCCCUAAAUCAGUGUCCAAAUCUCGUUUGAAAGAAAAUUUCGAUAUCUUUGAUUUCGAACUCUCCAAAGAAGACGUUGAACUCAUCAAUUCCUGUGAUUGCAAUAAAAGAUUUUGCCCAAUGUCCGACGCCGUCGACAGUCCCUACUUUCCCUUCAGGGAUUAACAUCAUCUACUGGACUGAACGAUUCAACAACUUCCAACAGUGACACAAGUCGGAUGCACCUCAAAACAACAAGCAAAAGAUAUUUGUUAUGAUGUACUGUAUUACUGAUUGUAUCUCGUGAUUUCUAUAAUGAAAUUCUUCUCCGUUUGUGCAGGAUUUUUAUCUGAGCUCGCGUUACCAAAUACCCAACGUCAAUUUCAGAUCAAAUCGUUCGAACGUGGUAUGAUGUUCGCACAUUGCAUAAGAAAACGAAUUCAAAUGAACAUUUCUUUUCAAGAGUG